AUGUCACCUCAUGAUCCGCUGAAUAUUCCAGACGCAUACUCUGAUGACAAGUUUGAUGUUUCAGUGGAUAUUGACUCAGGUUUCCGUACACGAUGUAUAUUAUGUAUGCCAAUCAAAAAUGCGUGUGGAAAGGUGAUAGGUGUCAGUCAGCUCAUCAACAAACUUGACCAAACGACUUUCAACAAAAAUGAUGAAAACUUGUUUGAGGCGUUCUCUAUCUUUUGUGGUAUGGGUAUUAACAAUACACAGAUGUAUGAGACAGCACUACGGGCUAUGGCCAAACAAAGGGUGGCUUUGGAAGUGUUGUCCUACCAUGCUAUAGCACCCAUUGAAGAAGCUCACAGACUCAGGAAACUGUCCAUUCCAUCUUCAACCCAUUAUAACUUGUUGGACUUCAAGUUCAAUGAUUUCCUGCUUGAUGAUGAUGACACGCUGAAAGCGACCAUUAGAAUGUUCACCGACCUGAAUCUCCUGGAAGUGUUCAGUAUUAGUUAUGAGAUACUCUGUCGGUGGCUUCUGAGUGUGAAGAAAAACUAUAGAAAUGUUACAUAUCACAACUGGAGGCACGCAUUCAACGUAGCUCAAACAAUGUUCAGCAUGCUUAAGCUUGGUGGAAUGGACAAUGUGUUGACAGAGUCAGAACGCUUGGCAUUGAUGGUUGGAUGUCUCUGUCAUGACCUUGACCAUCGAGGGACAAACAAUCAGUUCCAGCUGAAAGUGAACACUCCUCUGGCAGAACUGUACACCACCUCAACCCUUGAGCACCAUCACUUUGAUCAGUGCAUCAUGAUUCUUACAACAAAGGGAAAUGAUAUUCUGUGUAAUGUAUCACAGAGUGAGUAUGAAACAAUCCUUCAGAUGUUGGAGAGUGCUAUCCUGUCAACUGAUCUUGCUCUUUACUUCAGGUAUCGGGGAAAAUUCUUUGAGUUGGUGAAAGCUGACAAAGCUGAUUGGAACAAUGAUGACCAUCGAGAUUUACUCAGGUCAAUGAUGAUGACGGCCUCAGAUGUUGCAGCCAUUGCCAAACCAUGGGAGGUGCAGAGGAAGGUUGCAGAACUAGUUGCUAGUGAAUUCUUUGAACAAGGAGAUAUUGAGAGAUCAGAGCUGAAGAUAGAACCUAUGGCCAUGAUGGACCGGACACAGAAGGACAAGCUGCCAGCCAUGCAAGUGGGCUUCAUAGACAACAUCUGUAUGCCAGUGUAUGAGGCAUUCAGUCAUGUAUCAGGAAAUAUGGACCCUUUGCUGUGUGGCUGCCAAGAGAACAGGGAGCACUGGCAGCAGCUAGCAGAGGAGCAAAGCAAGAAACAGAUCUCCCGAGAAGUCUCCAGAAAACACAGAGAAAGACAAAGAUGAAGAUGAAGACAGAUCCUCCUGACAGUUACUGAGGUGCUGCACUUCAUGAAGCCAUCAGCACAACCCCAACUAUAUGUUCCUGUAGCUGUCAGCCGAGCUGGGAAAGGCACUUCCACACAUGGGUGCCACACUGAACAAACACUACCAGGGGUGUUUGGACUGACUCUUGUUGUCCAGUCUAAACACUAGACAGGAUUGGUGACGCCUAUGUGAUAUACAUCCUUGUAGGUCUGAUGUUUACAUUUGGCAAAAUUACGGGUAGGACUUGGCCUUGUCAACUGAUUGUGGCCUACACCGACAUAUUUUUCAAAAGGACUUUGUGUAGAGAACAGACUGUGGCCUACAUUGGCAUAUUUUUCAUAAGAAUUUGGCUUUGUGAACAGAUUGUGACCUACACUGAUUAUGUGUAGGACUUGGCCUUGUGAACAGAUUAUUGCCUCCAUUGACUUUGACUAUGUGUAAGACUUGAUGUUGAACAAACAUAAUAUCCUUUGCUUAUAUUUUGAAAUACAUAUAUUUAUACCUCCAGCCAGGAGAUGUUUGAACAUGUAUGAUAUGAACACUGACAAACGAUCUGAACACAGUAAACACCUAUAUGAGCCUGUAUUACUGACAGGAAACUGACAGCUAUUGCCGGCUGUGCCGAACACAGUCAAGUAUUGCAGUGAGACCUUUCACACUUACAUCAAGUUAUGGUACAUGUAUCCAUUUCUGAAAUCCAUAACACACAAUAUCACAUUAUUUGAAACUAAUGAAAUUUUCAUAUCAACCUUUUUAUGCUUUUGGAGUAUCAAACGUUGUAUGAACAUUGUAUGAAUAUCAUAUUUAGAUUACUUUAAUGUUAUCACUCCACCUUGCACAGGUAAUCACUUGUGUGGGAUAUGUUUUCAUAUGCACCUGACAUAUAAUGAGAAUACGUUCUGUAUAUCAUGGGAAUAUCCCU